AUGCUAUCUUCCGGGUUCACUGCCCCUUCCACGUGGGUGUUAGCCCUAUCCCUGCUUUCCGCCGUGCUCGGCUCGCCUAUCAUCUCAAAGAGAGCAAAGGGUGCCUGGCUCGGUCUGAACGCCGACUUCCCAGAUCCCAGCUUCUUGAGUGCUGCCGAUAACAAGUGGUACGCUUUCGGCACGAAUGGCAACGGAAAACGUAUCCAAGUCGCAAGGUCUGACGACUUUCACACCUGGACCUUGUUGGAUGUUGAAGCCCUCCCAACUCUCUCAACUUGGGAAACAGACCAGGAUCACUGGGCUCCAGAUGUGGUCCUCCGAGAUGACGGAAAGUAUGUCAUGUACUACUCAGGCGAAGCCAAAUCAAACAUUGGCCACCACUGCGUCGGCACAGCCAUCUCGGACAAUCCAGAAGGGCCAUACAUCCCAAGCAACACGCCCCUCUCCUGCCGGCUAGACAAAGGCGGCUCAAUCGACCCAGCUGGAUUCAAGGACAAAGACGGAAGCCGAUAUGUCGUGUUCAAAGUCGACGGUAACAGCAUUGGUAACGGCGGUGACUGCAACAACGGCAUCGAGCCAUUAGUUAGCACGCCGAUCUUGCUACAGAAAGUCGCUUCUGAUGGCGUUACUCCUAUCGGUGAUGCGGUGCAGAUCCUUGAUCGAUCCACAGCUGAUAAUGAUGGGCCGCUUGUGGAGGCGCCGAAUCUGGUUCUGCAUGGUGAUACUUAUUUUUUGUUUUAUUCUACGCAUUGCUUUACUGAUCCCAAGUAUGAUGUGCGCUGGGCUACUGCUAGUAGCAUUACUGGUCCUUAUACUAAGACGAAUGUUCCUUUGAUCAAUGCGCAGAGCUCUGGGCUUCUUUCGCCCGGUGGUGGGAAUGUUUGUGGGUGUGGUGAUCGGAUGUUGUUCCAUGGUUUCUGUACUGAAGCGAGGACUGAUCGGUGCAUGUAUGUUGCUGAUGUGACUCUGAAAGGGCAGACGGCGGCUCUGGCAUAA